AUGUUCCUCCAUAAUGGUGUUUAUUUUAUUCAGAAUGCAGACGUUGGUGGUGUCCUCUGCUGGGAUAGACUCGGGCUUACUGAAGUGCCGAGUACCGGCGUCUGUGCAAAGCUUCCAUGGAAUGGGCCGAAUGCAAAGGAUCUGGACUCAGACGUGUUCCAAGAGCUCUGGUUCGUCAAAGCGUCCAACAACACCAUGUAUACCCUUCGGAACCUGAAAAGCGGAAAGUAUAUGAUUGCCAACCGUAACGGACUUCACAUUAGUGUCGGGGACCCGCAGGACCAAUCCCACAUUUGGACAAUCACAGGUGACCCACCUGGCUCGAGGUUGUAUGGGAAUGUUCGAUCUAAAUCAUUGGUAGGCGUUCGCGCCCUAGGCCUGAUGAAUGGUAGCCCUGCCCUUCUGGGGCAGAACAACCGACGCUGGCUGUUCCAGCAAGUCAGCCGCUCUGGGGAAUAUAUCAAGGAAAUUCUGAAGAGUAUCAACUUGAAAUUCAAUGAACCUCAAGUUGACAAAAUUUAUCUCAUCCUCCCAGAGGGAUACUUCCGAGCCAUUUGGAAUAGCAUCCCGAAGCUACCAUCGCGGCCUGGUAUAUAUGACUCUUCCGAAAUUGCGACAGUCUUCAAAGCGGCUGUCACCACCUGGGGGAGCCUCAAUAUCAAAUCGGGUUUCAAACUACCCGGGUAUGACCCCAACGCAGAGGAUGGUCCAGCCAUUCUCUGUGGCUUUGUGAUCGCAGAGCUCAAGGAAUCCUCAGAUACGGGUGAUGACUCGGACCCGGGGGAUCUUGAAAAAUAUAUGCACUACAACUUCACUCUUUCUGAUAAUGAUGGCUAUAACCAAAUCCGGUAUUUUGACCCCGGGCCUGAGGCAGGCGAUUUCGAGGUUCGUUCCUAG